CAGUAGAAGCGGAACCAAGCCUAAAACCCAAAAUGGCCGGCGCAGAGGGAGACGAUUCACUGUAUCCUAUUGCUGUUUUAAUCGACGAAUUAAGGAAUGAAGAUGUCCAGUUGCGCUUGAACAGCAUCAAAAAGCUGUCGACUAUUGCCUUGGCCCUGGGUGUUGAGAGGACACGCACAGAGCUCCUACCCUUCCUUACUGACACGAUUUAUGAUGAGGAUGAGGUGCUUCUUGCCCUGGCUGAGCAGCUGGGGAACUUCACCGUGCUGGUCGGAGGGCCGGAGUAUGUGCACUGCCUCCUGCCACCGCUGGAGAGCCUGGCCACUGUGGAGGAGACGGUGGUUCGAGAUAAAGCUGUGGAGUCACUGCGCAAGAUCUCUCAGGAGCACUCACCUGUAGACCUCGAGGUGCACUUUGAGCCCCUGGUGAAACGACUGGCCAGCGGCGACUGGUUCACAUCACGCACCUCCGCCUGUGGCCUGUUCAGCGUCUGCUACCCACGUGUCUCGAGCACCGUCAAGGCCGAGAUCCGCCAGUACUUCCGUACCCUUUGCUCGGAUGAUACGCCGAUGGUGAGACGUGCUGCUGCUUCCAAACUGGGCGAGUUUGCCAAGGUGCUGGAGCUGGACUAUGUAAAGAGUGACAUCAUCCCACUUUUUACAGCACUGGCUUCCGAUGAGCAGGACUCUGUGCGCCUUCUAGCAGUUGAAGCUUGUGUUAGCAUCGCUACCCUGCUGCCCCAGGAAGACUUGGAGGGUCUUGUGAUGCCCACACUGCGCCAGGCUGCUGAGGAUAAGUCAUGGAGGGUGCGCUAUAUGGUAGCAGACAAGUUCUCUGAGUUGCAAAAAGCAGUGGGUCCAGAAAUCACCAAGAAUGAUCUGGUCCCAGCGUUCCAGAGUUUACUGAAGGAUUGUGAGGCAGAGGUGCGGGCCGCAGCUGCAAAUAAAGUGAAAGAAUUUUGUGAAAAUUUGCCAGAAGACAACCGAGAGAACAUGAUCAUGAGCCAUGUCCUGCCUUGUGUGAAGGAGCUGGUGUCAGACACGAAUCAGCAUGUGAAGUCUGCACUGGCCUCUGUUAUCAUGGGCCUCUCCACUAUCCUGGGCAAGGACAACACCGUGGAGCAUCUGCUCCCCCUUUUCCUGGCCCAGCUGAAGGACGAGUGUCCUGAAGUGCGUCUGAAUAUCAUCUCCAACCUGGACUGUGUGAACGAGGUGAUAGGCAUUCGGCAGCUUUCUCAGUCCCUGCUGCCCGCUAUCGUAGAACUGGCAGAAGAUGCCAAAUGGAGGGUGCGUCUGGCCAUCAUUGAGUACAUGCCACUGCUGGCAGGCCAGCUGGGGGUGGAGUUCUUUGAUGAGAAGCUGAAUUCUCUGUGCAUGGCAUGGCUGGUAGAUCAUGUGUACGCAAUCCGGGAGGCAGCCACCUGUAACCUGAUGAAGCUGGUGGAGAAGUUUGGAGCAGAGUGGGCUCAGAACACCAUCGUGCCCAAAGUGCUCGGCAUGGCUAACGACCCUAACUACUUGCACAGGAUGACCACGCUCUUCUGUAUCAAUGCCCUUUCUGAGGCGUGUGGGCAGGAGAUCACCACCAAGCACAUGCUACCCAUUGUCCUAAAGAUGUCCAACGACCAGGUUGCCAACGUGCGCUUCAAUGUCGCCAAAUGCCUACAGAAAAUUGGACCAGUUGUAGACAGCAACUCCCUGCAGUCGGAGGUGAAGCCAGUUUUAGAGAAGCUUGCCACAGACCAAGAUAUGGAUGUGAAGUACUUCGCUCAGGAAGCUAUAAGCGUUCUCGCCUUGGCCUGAACAUCUCACCAGAACGACGACAAAGCAAGACUUCCUGCGUUCUAUUUAUUGGUGAUUUUGAUUGGUUGUGUAUUAACGUCUGUGUAGUUCUUAUUUACUCUCGGUGAUGUCGAAUGAUCAAAGGGUGCACCCGUGCUUGUGCUGUAAAUCUCUGCUUCAACCACAGGGUCACUGGAGUUAGGUAAUGCAUGAUGGAUGGUGUGUGCUCCUGGCUUCCAGCUGCACCACAUGUUCGUGUUCUCCUCGCUUUCACUCAUAAAACGCCAGUGAGCCGGGAUGGGUGUGGCGGCAGCAGCAGCAGGGAAAACUUAAAAAUGUGCGGAGCAGAAAGACUUGAGGACCAGGAUUAGAGAACAUUUUAUCUCAAAGUGUUUAACACAGGAGCACAAAUCGUGCGUUUUUACUAACACGGUCAAUAAUUGGAUUUUGGGAAACGCCUUAACUACUUAUUGACCACGUUAGUCAUUUUGUACCACUAGACGCGUCUUGCAUGCGCUUUAGUAAAUUAAUUCUCGAAGUUAAAUCCUUCCAGCUACCUCUGUCGUCUUUUAAGAGCUAUUUCUUAGCUAAAAUCCAGAACACGUCCACUCUGAAGCCCUGCUUUCACAGACUGGAGCUUGUGCAGCUGAUGGUGUGAGAUGCCAGUUUGUUUGUUUUGGUAGAGCUCUCGGCACGCAAUGCUCCACGAUUCAACACGGGACCAUUCCACAUUGUGUAACUUCUCCUGUGACUGACUACUACAUCCUUGCGUUAGGUUUUUUUUUUUUUGUGCUCCUCUUCUUUCCAGUCAUCUGGGUUUUAUGUGAAAGUGAUACCUAGGAAUGUGCAUAGAUUUUUAAGUUUGUAUGUUUAGGAUUAAUCCAGGUGUUUUUUUUUUUGUGGAAAUGUGACGUUUUGUUUUCAGUGUAAAAACAAAUGCACCUCCUGCAUAGCAGAGGGCAGACGAGAAAGCUUUUGCUCGCUUGAGCCUGCAUGCAUUAAGAGGAGUACUGAUGAUCAGAGCGUGAAAGGAAAACGCUGUCCAACAUCAGCACUCUUAUUAAAGGAUGGGUCGUGAAAAUACCUUCUGCACAACCUCUGGAAGGCUGUUGUGUUCUUUUAAAGGGGACAGUGGGAAAGGAUGUAUUAUUUUACCAGUAUAAACGGCCAUAGCAUCAGCUCACGAGUAAACCUUUUUGUUCAUGUUCAGUAUCAUGAGUACCUUUUUUUUUUUUUUAACUAUUUACUGUACUUUUGGAACCAAAUAGUCAAUAAAAUGGAUCCUGAUCUUCAAA